GCGGGCGAGGAGAGGGCUAUGGAGAACUUCACGGCGCUGUUUGGGGCUCAAACUGAGCCCCCACCGCCCCCGAGCGCCCUAGGCUUCGGGCCUGGAAAGCCUCCUCCGCCUCCCCCGCCCCCUCCGGGAGGUGGUCCAGGCACGGCCCCGCCGCCCACGGUGACCUCGGCCCCCGCGGGCGCGGAUAAGUCGAGCGCCGGAAGCGGCCCCUUCUACCUUAUGCGGGAAUUGCCCGGCAGCACAGAGCUGACGGGCAGCACCAAUUUAAUCACACACUACAACCUGGAACAGGCCUAUAACAAAUUCUGUGGGAAGAAAGUAAAGGAGAAGCUAAGUAACUUCCUGCCUGACCUGCCAGGGAUGAUUGAUCUCCCUGGCUCCCAUGACAACAGCAGCCUCCGCUCCCUCAUUGAGAAGCCGCCUAUUCUUGGUGGCUCUUUUAACCCAAUCACAGGGACCAUGCUGUCUGGUUUCCGCCUCCACACUGGCCCGUUGCCGGAACAGUGCCGUCUGAUGCACAUUCAACCGCCCAAGAAGAAGAAUAAGCACAAACACAAACAGAGCCGGACCCAGGACCCUGUCCCCCCAGAAACACCAUCUGAUUCAGAUCACAAGAAGAAGAAAAAGAAAAAAGAGGAGGAUCCUGAACGGAAAAGGAAGAAGAAAGAGAAGAAGAAGAAGAAGAACCGACACAGUCCAGACCACCCAGGUAUGGGUAGUUCCCAAGCCAGCAGCAGCAGCAGCCUCCGCUAACAGGACCACUGGACUUUGCCAAGGAUGGUUUUCCUGUUAUACUGAGCCUGACGACAAAGCCUCUCUUCAGGGCACUUGGACACUGCCAUGGGGGCAUCCAACAGCUGGUCAGAGGCC